CCAGUAUCUCUUCUAGCUAAGCUAUCUACCUGUCUUCUCUCUCUCUCUCUCUCUCUCUCUCUAUAUAUAUAUAUAUAUAUUUACAUUUCCCCUUAUUUUGAUAGCCUAUAGCUAAUGCAAGAAGAUAUGAAUCUAUCCAUUAAUGGGCAGUCUCAGGUCCCUCCAGGUUUUAGAUUUCACCCCACCGAAGAGGAGCUUCUCCACUACUAUCUCAGGAAGAAAGUGGCCUACGAAAAGAUUGACCUCGAUGUUAUUCGCGAGGUUGAUCUUAACAAGCUGGAGCCAUGGGACAUACAAGAGAAGUGCAAAUUAGGAUCAACACCACAGAACGACUGGUACUUCUUCAGUCACAAGGAUAAGAAGUACCCGACGGGGACUAGAACAAAUCGUGCUACAGCUGCCGGAUUCUGGAAGGCUACCGGCCGUGAUAAGAUCAUCUAUAGCUGCCUUAGAAGAAUUGGUUUAAGAAAAACCCUUGUUUUUUACAAGGGUCGAGCUCCACAUGGACAAAAAUCUGAUUGGAUCAUGCACGAAUAUAGGCUCGAUGAAAGCAACAAUGAAACCAAUCCUUCCAAUUCAAUGGCAGAUUCUUCACCUGAAGAUGGUUGGGUGGUUUGCCGUGUAUUUAGAAAGAAGAACUAUCAGAAAACCUUAGACAGUCCUAAAAGCUCGUCCAAUUCUCUGGAUUGUAAGCCCCAGAUGCUUAGUUCAAGCAACGACAUGGUUCUCAAUCAAAUACUUCUUUAUAUGGGAGGCAGCUGCAAGAUGGAAAACGGAUCACCCAACACCAUGGACGUCUCCAACAACUUGCUCACCGGCGCUGCAAAUAACACAAGCAUCAGCGAGGUGCUCCAUGAGAGAUUCAUGCAUCUGCCACGGCUGGAGAGUCCAAGUCUACCUUCGAUUCCCAUCAACUGUUUCGAACAAGAUGGAGUCUUCAAAUCUUGCUUUCAACCAAUCGAUGAAAUGCUCACAGAAACAGACCCUUCUUCCAUCAACCAAAACAACAAUAAAACUGGAGUUAGUGACUGGAUUACUCUAGAUAAGCUCGUGGCAUCGCAACUUAAUGGUCAAGUAGACAGUUCAUCAAAGCAAUUAUCCUGUUUCAGUGACCCAAAUGCAGUCAUCAAUCUUUGUUCCAGUGAUGAUAUACAAAUAUCAAAUCUAAACCCACAUAGGUCAAACCAAACUUCGCUAGUCUACAGCACCGAGAACGAUCUGUGGAGCUUCACCAAGUCGUCAUCGCCAUCAUCAUCAGAUCCAUUAUGCCACCUGUCGGUAUAACAGAAGCACUAACCAAGAUAUACAUCAAAGCUCUCCUCAAGUCUAGGUAUAUACGUGUAAUGCUGAAAUAAAUCUAUCAGUUUUAGUCUAUAAAUAACAAUUAUAUUAUCUGGGUUGUCAACAUUAUGCUGAUUUGUCAACCAUUAUCGUUCAUUAUUCGCCACUGUCAUUCAAAGAAUGUAGCAAAUAUCGGGUGCUGAAAUUGAUGAUGUUAAUUUCCGGGUGUAAUCAUAUCCAAAUGUUAAUGUCAUACCCGAAUUCGUUAACCAUA